CUACUAAAGGCGGGCUAAAUUACUAGAAAGGCAAUGACAGGAGUUUCUAAUGCCAUUGAGUGACUGCCUGUGGAGGAGGCAGUUUUCAUCUUUCCAGAGGUCCCCUCUUGUGUUUCAGAAACGGCUUUGGCUGGAAGCUCAACAAUAUGCCAGGAUAAUCAUUUGAUCAGAGAGGCGGUCAAGCUGGUUUUGCAAUGUGCAAUCUUCCUUGUAUUCUACAAGAAGCACAGUGGGCAAUUUUUUAAAAAAGAAAGAGGUCUGUAUGCUGAUUUUGGACCAGUUAAAACAGACUGAGAACUCUGCACGUCCAUAUUUUCAAGAGCUGCCCUGGAAACUCAGCAGCUACCUCCUCUGCCAUGCAAGACCUAUUGACCUCCAAAGGAACAUAACUCAACAUCAUCAUCUGGCGGCAACAUCUUUGUAUUUCCAGAAAUUCCCAGUGAAGGCCACAGUUACUCACCAGCUUGGAAAUGAACAUUAACUACAACAUUAGCUAAACGUGAUCUAAAGGUGGCAUCUGGAGCGUCCAUCAGCAGCACCUAGCAUCGCUUCCUUCCUCAGAUCAGUUAUCAGCACCUCGGAAGUCUAUCUCCCCUCACCAGAAAGGUAUCAUGACUCUGCUCAAGCUUUUUCUCAUGGCUUUCAGCUUUGUCUUCUGGGCAGCAGGUCUCAGCAUGCUCAUCAUUGGCAUUUGGGCCAAGCUUUCACUAGGCACCUACUUGGUGCUGUCCACCAAUGAGUACCCUCAUACUGCCUUCAUUUUGUUGGCUACUGGCGUUGCUGUCAUUGUGUGGGGCUUUCUGGGUUGCUUUAGUGCUGCCACUGAACACCGUUGCCUCCUGCGUACUUAUGGGAGCUUUCAGCUGGCUGUGUUGGCGGCUGGUUUAGCAGCAGGGCUCUCCAGCUUAUUUUAUCGCAAGGAUGUUGCAGAGAGUUUCCGGAAUGGGUUGUGGGAAGCUGUCCGUUCCUACACAGAGGACGAGGAGAAGGCAGAGGCUUUGGAUUUCAUCCAGCGUACCUUGGACUGCUGUGGAGUGGAGAGUUAUCGUGACUGGUUUUCCUCCCCUUGGUCUAUGGAACAACAGGUGCCCAAUGGGUCAGUGCCUGUGAGUUGCUGCCAGAUGUGGAAAAGAUGCCUGCACAGCCCUCUCCCUUCAGAUGCCCGGGGUAUUUACCACGAUGGAUGCUUUAGCAAAGUCUGGGAGAGGAAAGCUAUCCUCAUUUUAGGUGCUACUGAAAGGGCCAUUUUUGCUGGAAUGCUGGAGGGAAGAAGAACAAGCUUGUAUCUUUUCUUGCGGCAGUCGGUGAACCAUUUGAUAUGAGGCACUCUAUGGAAUACUGAAAUGGAUGGGGAAGAGAACAGCAUGGGGCAAACAGAGAUUUAUGGAGUGAAUUACAUUCUAUAGGAUGAAAGUAUUGUAGGGCAAAAGCUGUCUCAGGGGAGGGGAAAGGAAAAUUAAGGUCAUGUCUGUGAAAGUAAAAAACUUAAUAGAAAAAUGUACUAGCAUGUUUAGCUGUCUCUUGCUUGGCCAUGAACGUCUAGGCAAGGUAUAUUUCCUUAGGAUGUGGGACGACUUUGAUGUUUCAUUAAGGGACUUAUCUUGAAAACUGGCAAUUCCAGUUUUCAAUCAAUGGAAGAUACGAGAUAAACUUUUAUUCUUUGCAAAACUUAGUGUAAACCCAGAAGAUUGAAAAGGAUGGUUAUUUCUUUCCAAAACUGCUCUCAAGAACAUUUUCCAUGGAUGUAUCUCCUUGAAGGAGCUACAUUUCAUUAAGGAUGUAUGAUAUUUUCCUUACCCAGGAGUCACAGCAUUCUACAUCUCUUUAUAUACAACAACCCCUUAUAAAAUGGUUGUCAGCUUUUACAAUUUUCUGGCUGUAGUGUGUGAAAACUGUUCCGCACGCUUUCUGGCUUCACUGAAUAAACAUGAGAAGUUGUAUCAAGUCUCAGCUGAAGCCACUGGAAAAAAAUGUUGACUUUAAUGUGGAAAAGACUGUAAAAUUUCCAGAAAUACAAUAUAUUAAAGUUAACCAUUUGGGAAAUUGGAAGUGUUUGUGAUACUUUGAUUGUAGCAAUGUAUCAGAAUUUCUAACUAUAAGAGACCUUUAUAUUGUUAUCUUUCUGCAGUCUUGUAAUUGCAUCUGUCCUCCCUUUGCUCCCCCACCCCCAUGAGCUAUUAAGAAAAGCUGCAGA